CUCAUGCCAGGUAUUAACAUGAAUUCGCGCUAGGGUUACAAAUAUCAUUAAAUAACACUUUUAUCAGAGUAAAUAAUGAAUGCUAAUGUCAGUUGUGAAAAUAGGUAAUCAGGAUUGAAUACAAGAACAACAACAAAAGGUGGCGGUCGAUUAACAUCUACUUUCCAACCUCGGGGCUUGGGCUAUGCAGCAAAAUACUGUUUGUUUAUCUGAAUAUGGAUCCCAGAGAUGGAGUAAAAGAAACAUUAUUAUGCAGUGUCUUAGACUUCUGAUGUAAAGAAUGAGUGUACCAAAUGACAUGUAGACAAUGACCAAAACAUGUCUGGGGAUAUGUUAAGCGAUGCGAGUGGCUCGAAUAGGUACUAUAAGGCCUUUCAGCUAAAUGUAGACAUAGGAAACGAGGUAUUGCGUGAGGUUUUGAAUAAUGAGCUUAAGGCUUCAGGACACAGUCUCGUUGAAUACAUGUCACUUCCGAACUCUCAGCGUAUCAUUACAGAUCGGCAAAGAAGACGGGUCUUGCAUAUGCACCAGGUUGCACAACUAAAUUCUCCAAGCCUUACAUUGAAUGAGAUGGAUUUUACCCUUUUAACAUUCAUUAUUUUGAACAUGUUUACCAUUCCGGCAAACGAUCAACAAAGUGUAGAGAAAAUGAGAUCAAAACGAAAUGAACUUGUCCAUAUUCCUAGUUGUGAGUUGCCAGAUUCAACAUUGUUCGAUGAAUCGAGGAGAUGGAUUGAACGGCUAUGUAGUAAUACGGGUGAUACAUUUAAAGAAAAAGUAGCGUCUACAAUUCAAGCAUUGGAGAAUCGUCAUUUUGUGUCAAGGGUGUGCCAUUCAAGCAAAAUGAAAUUGAUCAUGGAGGAGAAGUGGUUUGACCUCCUCAAAUCAGAACACAACGACGACGAUGAAAUUUUACGAAUGAAGUUUGGCUUAGCAUUCAGUGUAAACGACAUUGGGCGAUUUCUUGACGUAUCAGUUCUUGCACAAGAGCUUCAGAAACUUGAAAUUAUCAAUGAACGUGACAGAUUGCGUAUAGAAAUGGAAGACAAUUUUGAAGAGCAGGCAUCAGUGCUGGCCUUGAUUAUGAUGGGAGAAAACAAAGAACAGAUGUUAAAGUUCUGCAAAUGCCUACGCAAAAUGAAUCCACUGGUUGGGAAAUUAGUCGAAUAUUUCUCUGAAAAUCCACAACUAGAGAGACAAUUACAUACUAUCGAAACGGAGGCCAUCAAACUUAUUCUUGGAAGAGAUCUAGUUCACUCCACAGAACAUGAUGUAUCAUGCGCGGAGAUCCAUCGGCACAUUGAAGAUGAACGAAAAUGCUUUACGUCAUUCAAAAAGAUCAUGAAAUGUUUGCGGAAUGUGUUCAAAGAAGCAAAUUAUGAUGCAAAUUCUUGCAGAGUGUGUAACAUUACAUGGAAAAAUAAAUCACCAUCGACAAGGUGCGAGUUGUUGCGUGAUAGAGAGGAAGAAUCGAUCCAAAAUAUGCCGAGUGAAAAGUUUAAAGAAUAUCUUGGGAGGCAGAUGUUGAACAUCACAGAAAACGUGGAAUUGAUAAAUGCUGUGUGUGAGAUUGUGAGGUCUGAAAGCAUAUCUUCAGGAGUUUUUGCUGACUUCUCCGACAGUGACUUAGAAGAUACUUUUAAGAAAGAUUUGGAAAAGGCUGGUCACAAGUAUGGAAGAGGAAUUCAUAUCGGAUUGAAGAAAGUUAGAGAAAGUAUAAAACAACGGACUAAAGCCUCCAAUAGUGUACCUGUAGACACUUUCCGGGAGUUUGGAAAGAAUGACGGUGACUGUUCAUACAAGAAAGGCACGGUCAGAUGCACGGCAGACGACCUGUUGACUCCGGCACAUUAUUUUGUUAACCCGAACAAAGGAGUGAAUUUUGAAGCCGAAUUUGUAGUAAACCUCAUAAAAUUUGCAUUGGCUUAUAUGAACGCAAGGCAAAAUGGAACAAUUCACUUUGGAAUAAAACCUUCCGAAAAUAAUGAGGGUCUUGUAGUCGGUGUUCCCAAACUGAACAUAGCGAAAGUCUACACUUACAUCGCUCAGAGUUUGAAGCACACUCUUCAGCGACAUGAAGUAAGACUUGUUGAAGUAUGCCUGGGACCUAUUCAUAUGAUACCUGUGGGCGAUGAGCUUUUUGUUUGUGAAGUGGACAUUGAACCCUCAUCAUCGUUCCUUCGCGAAGCUGUCAUGAAUGCUAAUUUUCCACCAUGGGGUCUCCAGCAUAAGAAAUGCUUUAUUUUUGUGAAACGAAAUGCUAGUUCAUUGAUUGAAGUUGUUGACCAAAGCAAACUUGGAAAUAUUCAAAAUGAAUUUUCAAAUGUAUUUGAAAAACGAAAAUAUGAGGAAAUGGCAAGGGUUUCUAAGGAAAACGACAAGCAGUAUCGACUUCGAGAACUCGUCAAAUACCUGACGGCGGGGAGUAAGUACGUAACUGAUGAACAGGUGCCUCAUAUUGUUUCAGGGCCAUACUCAGAUUGUGCAGGGCUUGAAGAUAUGCCUAGAAACUUGACAAUAAUGGAAUCUGCAUUUGUUUCAUCUGAUGUUGUUUUCGAUUUUGACUCUUCAACCGAUCUAAGGGAAGUUAUUGAGAAGGACAAUAGGUACUUUGACAUCACACUUGCCGAGGAAGUUAAAAGUCAGUCUACAAAGGAUAAUUCCGCGCAUGACACGCCCGGGCCUUUGUGGUUAUACUGCAAUGGCAAUGUAGCCCGAAAUGCUUCCAAAAUGGGAAUAAAGGACUGGUUCACGUCGCGGUAUGAAACGGUUAAUGCUCUUAUUGAGCAAUCUCAUCAGAGACACAGAAAGCGGACGCUCAUUUUGAUAUUUGUGUAUCAGCCUUUGUCAUCCAACGAUCCAUUGUUUCACACUGCUUUAGACUGUUGCAAACGAUAUGUAGAUGAAACAAAGGUGAUUUCAGAUAGCGAAGAAAAUAUAAGUCAGUUAAAGAACAAUUUGUCGCAAGUAUUUCAAAAAACAGAUGUGGACAAACUCUUCUUCUUCGGAUAUCCCUGGCAAGAAAUAGCAACCGCUAUAUCGCCUAUCUUUAAACAUAAUCCAGAAUGCAUUUGUAAAAUGCCACUUGCAAGUGGCUCCUUUGCCAUUUUGACACAAAAAGAAAAAUACCAACUUGGUAUAAAAGACAUUGAGCUCGUUAGCGGAGACGAAUGCAGUCAAUCACUUGAAGAGAUGGACGAUGACAUGAGAAAGGAAACAGAAAAGAGGGAGACAGAGAAAUUCUACCGAGGAAAUGAAGUUUCAUGGUGGAAUUUUGAAUUUCAAACCCAUGUAUGUGAAAGAGACGUAUUUCAGAGUUAUGUAAAUGACGUAGUGACAAAAAUAAACGAAGGAUGUAAAAGGCUUGAAAUAGUAGAAAUCAAACACCAGCCAGGGGCUGGUGGUACAACGUUAGGUAGGCAUCUCAUUUGGCAUUUGAGUCAGUUUCAUAGAUCAGACUCGGCGAGUGCCUACAGAUGUUGUAUAGUCCGAAAUGUUACUGAGAAGGAAACGGCGGACCAGAUCUCAAAGUUCAGAGAAUAUAAAGAAGUGGACCAUGAAAAAACAAAAACAGUCAUUGUAUUUGUUGACAACGAGAGUGAAGAGGCACUUAAAACGUUGAAGGACGAUUUAGACUCGCUGGCUUAUCGUGUUGGAUCGAAAUCAGGCCGUCUUGUGUGCUUGCUGAUAGUUGUAACAAGAGUUCAUAUUUCGAAACAUAAUAUCGACAGAUAUACUGUUUUGAAACAAUUUCUUUCUCAACGUGAGAAAGCGUGGUUUCAACAUCGGAUGCAAGAUUUAGAACAAAAUGCAAAUCACGAAGAUAUACAGUCACUAAUUGCUUUCAAUGUGAUGAAAGAAAAUUUUUCAGAUACAUAUAUUCAAAGUACAACAAAGGGAAUCAUGGAAGGACUGCGACCAAAUGAAGAAAAACUACUUCAGCAUCUCUCGCUGAUCAAUACCUUUGACACUGAUGCCAUGGUCCCAAAAUUGGUAUUUGAUGAACUCCUGGGGUCAUUUGCUUCCAGUACUAAAAAAUACAGUACUAGAGAGUUGAAAGAAUCCCAAAAACCCGUGGGUCUUGCUGACUUUUGCAUGCAGAAGUCCAACAAACGCCAGACAUGGAAAGACACAGAAUCUCUGAGACUGCUCAUUAGGCAUAGAAACAAUGCACAUGACAAAUGUAUUGCCAUUGUUUCACCCCUUUUAGCAAAUUCAAUACUUUUCCAACUGAUGGGAAAAUACCAGCUGUCGAAUGAAAAUGUUGUUGAUCAACUUCUUGACUAUGUACAUGAUCAGAGAAAUGAGGAUACAAAUUCAAGUGAUUCAUUUACUGAAAUUGUUUGCAAUCUGUUCAACAAAAGGGAGAAAACUGUGACAGAAAACGGAGAGGAGAAACGGAAUUUCUUUUCAAAUUUAGUUUUGGAAUUAGAUUCACCAUCAGGAGGUGAAACAGAAAAGGAAUGUCAUCAAAAAACUAAUCGUUUGAUGAAAAAAUGUUUUGAUGUAUCAGGUGACCCAUAUGUCGAACAGCAAAGGGCUCGCCAUUGCAUUCACGUUCAUGAUUUUGAAGAAGCAAAAGAAGCAAUACAGGCAUCCAUCGAACGUUUAGACAAGGUUCCUAUUCUUUAUGAUACGUAUGGACAGGUGUAUAAAGGCGAACUCGAAUUUGUUCUAAAAAAUACAGAUGCAACAGCUGUUAACGUUAACCAUGUGAUCAAUUUGGCAACAAACGCCAUUAAGAUGUUCCGCAAAGCUCAAGACUUAGACCAAGAAGGACAGAAUUCAUCAUUUUCAAUGGAAGUUUUGACAGCCUUAUAUAUGUUGGAACAGAUCUCCAAACUACCAUGCAUCAAAGAAAACCGAAACAUGUUUCUUCGAUUCUUAAAUGGACAGAACACCGAUUUGUUUGACUUCAUUUUGCCACAGAUCGACGGAUAUAGGAAGGGAAAUCAUAUCCAGUGUCAUGUAGAAGAGUCUUUAUUGUUUCUAGAGUAUGAAAGCACCAUGAAGAAAGGACGCUUCAGUGAAAUCCGUAAUAAAAAGGAAACCGCAGAUAAUCUCAGAAGGCUGAAAGAUAAAUUUUCUUGCAUUUAUACGGAACAAGUUCGCGUUCAUGGAAGCAUCACCGCUUACACAUAUAAUUCAAUAAAAGAUGCAUAUCAUAACAAAAAAACGCAUCUUGCUUUGAAAUCUGUUGCAGAGGAGGUGCGUGUUAAGGUGAGGAGAAACUAUCUUUCACAUCCGAGAAUCAAUCUGUUGGAACAUGAAAGGGAAUUAAUGAGUUUCGUUGGAUUUUACAUUAUCAAAUUGUCCCUUGCAAGGCGAAAUGAGGAAAGGGAAGAUGUCAUGCCAGAUGAAGAAUUUAAAAAACUUCUUUCAACAACUGAAGUGUUGGUUCAGCUUCAAAGGGAUAAACUGCAUACUGAAAGUAAGUGGAAACCCUAUAUUGAGCCAUUUAUGUAUAUCGGACUGCUUCAUUGGCCUUUACCGAAAAGACUAGAUAUACAUGAAGAAGAAAUCUGUGAACCUGAAAAAUAUAUACAGAUUUUAAAUGAAUGGAGAGAUGUGUACGGUCAAAGAUUAGAAAGGGGAAAGAGGCUAGACCAACACCGUAGGGGCAGAUCAACAACAUUCUUUGCGCUUGCGAAUGGUCCUCCGGGCAUGGACAUAGUUGAUCAGGACAUGAUAAAAGGGGUGUGGAGAAAUGAACAAAUAAAGGAGGGGAGAUAUAGAAAAGAAGUUAAAGAAGAUGAUAUUUGGAACGAUCCCACCUACAUACGUCUUAAAGGAGUAGUUGAUGGGACUGGCAAUAACAUCCACAACGAGGUAAAACACUUCAGCAGAAAGGCAAACGAAAUGCUGAUUUGGCACUUCGACAUUCCGACAUGCAACAAUUGCCACAUUUUUCGUAAUAGGAAGGUGUCAUUCGUUUUAGGAUUUUCCUGGAGAGGACCUGUGGCAUAUGAUGUUGCAGAAGUUCAAUCUUGUGAACUGUUGCCAGAAAGCUCUACUGGUCGAGAAAGAGAGACAAAAAACGAAGUACAAACCCCUACUGCUCUCAAAGGUCGAGGACAAGCUCCUGUACGAGGAUUUAAUGAAACAGGAGGACGUGGGAAAUCUCGCUCGAACGUGACCCUAAAAACCCAAGGAGAUGGUCAGAAGACGGCGUCUGUUAGCCAAAAUCCCAACCGACAAGAUGUGGAAACAGGUCAGUUUGCAGACGGAACAGAUAAGAAGCACGUCUUUGAAGCUGGAACUAUUUCAUCUUGUAACUCAUCACAAUAUGUUUCGGAGACCCCAUCGGAAGUACUAGCACAACAAUCCGAUCCAAACAGCCCAAAUGUGAAGACGGGUCAGUUUGCAGACGGAACAGAUGAGGAAAACGUCAUUGCAGCUGCAUCUAUAGAAACUUGUUACGCAUCACAACCCGUUUCCGAAACCCAACCGGAAGUUCAAGCAGAGCAAUCGGGUGUUUCGGACUCGAAGAAGCUUACCAAGAGACAAAAAAAGAACUUGAAAAAGAAAGGAAAGUAGACGAACAGGCAAAUAUGUUUAGCGGAAGUAGAUACGCAUCUACAUGUACUAUAUUUUUGAUAGUGGGAAGAAUUUAAAAUUGGGUUAUGCAUUCUUUGUUUUGAAAAUGAUGAUAUCGGUAUGGAUUGUUUUAUUUUCAAAUGAGAGCACCCCUAUUAACUGUCCAAGCUUACUACUAGGUACUUCUACUUCAUUUGUUUAUUAUACAGAUUUGUAAGCCUAAGUACCAUACAAUUGUCAAGGCGAAGGUAGCAUGUAUGAUUUUACAUGUGACCACAACAGAUAUAUGACAAUGAAUACUCACACUGCUAAAUCCCUAGAAAGGCUGUUGCUGUGCCUUCUCGGCGAUAUUUCAAAUAGCUUGGUUUGUCAGAUUAGAGAUGCCUCUCUAUUUCUAGUUGCCUACUAGAACAGUUUGAGGUUUGACCCAAGUGGUACGUCAUACUGCGUUGACAUAAAAGACCUCUGCUGAUUAUGCCGGUGACCAAGGUCCAUUUACAAGGAUAUGCAUGUUGAUUCAAAGCACGUCUUGUAAAGCACUUGCUCGAUUACUGUAAAUUGUUUGGAAGUAUUCGAAAUUGUGUCAAUGAUUGAGCAGUUUAUAAUAAGUGUUUAUUAGUUGUAUUUAUAGUCUUGUAGCAUGUAUAUAUAUUUAUUUGGUAUUAUAAUAAAUAUUUCUUUACAAUCAUUGACAUACAUUUUUUAUUAUUGCAUAAACACCCUUUUAUUUGUAAGAAGUAGGAAACAGCACUGUGUGUACUUUUUUUACUGCGUAUUUGUUUCAUUUUUUUAAUAUUUUCAGCCUAUUAAGACUCAUUUGUUUGUACUGUGUAAUCUUGCAGAACGCAACAAACAGAAAUGGGUUUUAUUGUAGUUCUUUUAACAAUUAUUGUUUGGCACCACGCCAGAUAGGUUAUUCGUAGAAAACAAACAACAACAUAUACUGCAUUAAAUGAGCUUAAAAUAUGUCGGACAGUGGGCGCCGCAAUAACAUUGUUUCGUCAUAGGAGACUAUGACGUCAUAUUUGGAAAUAACGUCAUAUUUUCUAUAAUACCUAUUCCUGCUUGUCACGAUACAUUAAUGAAGUUGAAUUGUUUAGCUAUUAUUUAGUUUGCUUUUUAGAUGUCCUAUGCAUGUAGUUGUAAAGUAAAAGACAAUUUAAAGUGGACAUGAAGUUAUAUAAAAUCAACUGUUAAAGAAUCAACAAACAAAUCGGGCUGAUGUAAAUUCAUUUCAUUUACUGGUUUGUCGAAUAGAAAGUUACAACGAAUGUAAAAUGUAAAAUAUAUCGUGUCACUGUAGCUUAUUGUAUUGAAGAAUGUUUGUAAAGACAUUUUGUGCCUCAUUUUAUACAGUGUGUGUGUAUAUACCAUGUGAUAAAUUACAGUUUUGUGAAAAGGUUUGCCAAAGUGUUUUAGAGAGUAAACUCUCACUCAAACUCUGGUAAAGACCGAGACGGAGAUCUGUAAGCGGCGUAGACUGCGCUAUGUUUCAUUUAAAAUGGUGAAGAAAUAGUUAUCUUUGUUUAAAGUCUAUAUUUGAAGUAUUGCCUUACGAUGGAUCAUUUAUGACGUAAUUUAUCACGUGGUACACACACUGUUAUAGAGGGAAUACAAAAAUAUGUUUAUUUAUAUUUCAUUGUGUAUUUUGAUUGAAGUCAUACUUAUUAAAUGUCACGGCCGUGGCGUUAUCUUGCACCAUAGUUAAUGUGUAAAAUUGUAUGGUAAACGGGAUUGCCUUGUUCCACACAUAUAGUUUUUGAUUCAGUAUGUGUGAUGGAAAUUUAAUAUCCUGUUUUUUGAUAAUUCUUUGGAUAGCCAUAUAUAAAAAUGGCAAUGUAUAUACUCUGUAUUAUUUGAUUGUUGUUCUAUUGAAGAAUUAAGGACUUAUUUGCAAAUUGUAUCUUCUAAUAUUUAUAUAGAAAGUUUGUUUCAUUCUUUGUCCUUUAUUUUACUUAAACUGUGUCAUUAUUUCAUUCAUUUUUGGAAUUUUUCAUUAUAUAGGAAGUCCAAACAAAUUUAUUUUUUGUUCCAUGGAUUUUUGAAAAAAAAGGUGAGCAUGGGAUUCCUUUAAUAAACAUACAUCUUUUUUCAUAACGUAAAACGGAAGCGAGAGAAGAGCGAUUUUUGUUCUCAUAAUCAAUAUAAUGAAGAAAAGCCAUUUAAUCGCAUUUAAACACAAUAUUAAACUUAAUCCCUAUUCGACAAUGGAAAGAUGUUCAAAUGCUUACUAUUUACUCAAUAUUCUUGAGUAGGCACUAACGUGAAUAAAUCAAAUUUGUAAGAUAAUUUUAACAGAUUCUAGGUAGAAAUUUCAUUUAAAUCAUUGUAGAUGGAACCCCUGCUUUUAGGAAAAGGUUUGAAACAAAUAAUCUACCUGAAUCACUUUAACAUCUUUUAGAACUUGAUUGAAACACUUAUUUUGAUUGAUUUGGGGAAAUUACUUGUCAUUGGUUAGUUUUAAAGGCUUAAGCCUUCUAUAAGUGACCCCCCCCCCCAAAAAAAAAAAAAAAAAAAAAACACAAAAAAAACACUUGUAUUUGUACACAACCUCUGUUAAUUGAUCUUUAUCUAAUUGCCUUAUUGUCUUAUCAGAUUUCUGAUCUGAGUAUCCAGUCGUGCUGUUUGGGAUAUUUUAAGAUAGAAAUGGACCCUAAAUGGCCCUGAGCCAAUAAACGAAUACACAGGAAACUGGCCCCUACUGUGUCACCAGUGCAAUUAGCAGAAGAUGCACAGCUGGGGAUUAACAUGCCAAAAUUCCUUAAACUAGGCCUUUAAGUGAAUGUCUUGUGAAUGCGGUUUUGAGUUAUGUCAAAUGUUAAUGUCUUUGCGCUAAAGUAUAGAGUUUUGCCCUCUUGUAUUUCGGAUGAAUUAUGUGGGCGAUGUUUUCUCUAUUAAAAGGGGCAUUCUUUUAACCAAAUAUGCUAGGGUCUUUAUUCACAAGUUUUGUUUUAUAUACAUUGCGCGUGAUGUGUGAAUAUUAAAUAAACGUUAAACGUUUAUAUUAAAUAACUGUUUAAUGUAUGUAUUAUUUGUUUACUAUGCAAUAGUUGAUAACUAUGUUCUAAUUAAAGAGUAAUACAUUGCAUAUAAUAUUAUGCAUUAUCAUAUGGAAUUCACAAUCGUAAAUAACGUAAUAAAUGCUCCUAUACUUUU